AUGCUUAUCUGUUUCAUUAUUCUAGCGGAUACAUACACGUUUAUAUUUAACGUGUCAUCAAUCUCAGGUCUCGUCAUUUGCUCAAUCGGCGGCUUCAUAAUUGGAUUUCGAGCUGAUCGGAGCAAAAAACAAAAGCUCCUCAAUAUAUCUUUUGUGCAAACGCUAACAUGGAUCUUGAAUGUGGUAUUGUGCGUUGCUUGCAUGUUCCUGACGACGUCUGCCAUCGUUACGGCCUUGGUCAUCAAUAAUAUUGGACGUGCAUUAGUUGAGGCAGGUUGUCAGACUGUCUUAGUCACAUUCUUCCCACCCAAGUAUGUUGGAACCUUGACCGGGAAUAUGGAAACCCUGGCUCAUCGUGUUGAUAUUAGUAGUCUUGAUGAUUUGCCAUUUAAUUCAGCUUUGGCGCUGCUACAUCAAAGAAUUCAAAACACCAACACACGAAAACGGAAAUAUGGUAACAAAGAUUUCCAUAUGUUUAUCACUUUUUUCCUCAUGAAAUGCUAUCAAAACAACAGUCAUAUACGACUUCACAACAACUGCAAGAAGAAAAUUCAAGUCCACACCAAUGGUUUUAAGAUGGUCCUGCAAACAAGUAUGAACAAUAUGUAG